AUGAAACGCGAAGGCGAAAAUGGCGAGGGAAAAAGCAAAGACCUCAAGGACAAAAGAAGGAAAAAAACAGAGGAAGAGAUAGAAAGAAUCAGAGCCCAUAGGAUAGCUGAAAGAAGGCUAUAUAUGCAAAGGACCAAGAAAAACCAGCCAGUAACAAGUAACAGGAUCAGUCUGCUGCUGAAGCAAAUAGAGAAAUUGCCAAAGGAAUAG